GAACGCAAUCUCAAGCUGUGCUCCGAGUGCUUUAAAUCUCGCAUCCCUUGUUCGCACUGCGCGGCGCCGACUCCUGCUGGCUUUUUGACUCGGUCGAAGUGUAGCAACGAAUCUUGCGAGGGGUCCGUGGUGUUCUGUAGCGCGUGCUCUGGCAUGUCUAACGGGCAGUCGAAAGCGAAGUGCCAGUCGUGCUGGGCCCAGGACGGUCGGUGCUGCGUGCACUGCGGUCGGAUGCGAGCGCGAGAACAUCUGAUAUAUCGGCGAGCUUGCAAGGCCUGUUUCGCUGCGCGCUCGUGCGCCGUCUGCCACGCUGUGCCGCCGGCGUCGCUGGAGACCCCGCAGUGCGAGAUGUGCGACAACCUCGCUCUGUGGUGUCCUGAGUGCACAACGCCAGAGCAGCGGGCGGCGGGCCUGUGUAAAACACAUUGGGAUUCCCCCGGGUGCGCAUUCUGUUACAGGACCGAGGACUCCGCCACCAAGGAACCGCUGCAGGUGUCCAUGAUUGAAUGCGGAACAGAGAGCUGCUCCAAAGUCGUGAGGAGCUGCUUUGUGUGCUCGUCGCAUUUCAAGCAGAGCGCGGCGCUGUGCGACGUGUGCUGGAAGGCAGCUGGCUCCAAGUGCAUCGGAUGCGGUGUCAAACCAGCCCGGGCCGCCAGGGUAUAUCAGCACUUUUGCCAGAAAUGCUUCGGGGAGGAGAGGCUCGCAGACCUCGUCCGUGACGAGAGCAGGAAGUUCCUCGCCGACGAGCCGCGACCGCAGAGGCUCGACGACGACGUACUUCUCGCUCUGGCAAAGCCCGAGCCCGGGUCCUUGCCGAAGUACGCGGAGACGCCCGAGUACCUGGACCCGAACCAUUGCCGCUUCUGCAAGCAACCGUGGGGUGACUCCGACGACGACGACAAGCGACGGCACCUGCUCGAGGAGUGCAGGCAUGAUCUCCAUCAACGAGACGGCGAAGACAUUCUCCAGACGUGCCGGAGGACAGUGCUCGAACGGGCGCGCGCAGAGGGCCUGGACGCGGUCAGUCCGCAAGUGGGCAGGUUUUGUGUGGCGCAGUACAAGAAUGCGCAGACGGACGAACGAUACGUCUAUGAUGCCUGUGCCGUCUGCUGUCGAAAGACGCCCAAGUGCGACUUGAAUCGAGUUCACAUCCCAUCGUCGAGCAGCGCAAAGUGCCCGGAGUGGUUAUCGUGGUCCGAAGAGUUCUGGAAUGAAAACAAGGAGACGUGGUACGAGCAGGUCGACAAGCUCCUCAGCAUUGAACAGUAUUUGAAAAAGUUCUUCAAGGUGUCUGAGCGAGCCCAGGAAGCGCGAGAGAGCGUGGAGGCGUGCAGCCGCGGGGAGCCGCACGAGCUCGGGUUCACGAAGGUGGAGGACGCAAAGAACUGGGUCGACCGCGUGCGCCCUUGGGAAGACAAUCUGAGGAGAGACAUGCGGGAGCACUCCGUUGUCUCUCCAGGUGAUCCGAAUCAUCGGUGGGUAUUGUACAAGUACGCAGUAUGUACGGAUGCGCCCGAGGGCAGCGGCGGAGAUCUUCGCCUGAGCAUGUGCAAGGAGUGCGCCGAAGCAUUGUCGAACACGCACACAGACAGCCGCGGGCGGUGCUGCCCGCGCGUACGCAUGCCCAGCGAGGCUCUCGCGAAUGGCAUGUGGCGUGGUCCUGACCCGGAAGAGCUGACGCACUUAACGUACACCGAGUGCAAGGUGAUCAACUUGGCGAGGGUGUACGUCAGCGUGAAGCGCGUGUUGUUGGACAGGGCGUCUUUCGCCAGGACGAGUGCCGACGAGGCGCCGCGCUAUCGCCAGAAGAACGUUGUUGCGUACCCUCAGAGCCCGGACGCGGCUCUGACUGCCAUCGGACUGUCGCCGAUGGCCCUGGCGCACACUCUGAUCGUCCAGUUCGUGGGAAGCCGCGCUGACGGGAUCUGGCAUCAUCCUGACUUGCAAGUUUCCGUGGCGCGACUUCGAGCAGCAUUUCGUUGGUUGUGCUCCAACAGCUGGAACCACAUGGAAGCCGCGCGACACCAUGCCGCAUGUGCGGAUUCUGGCUUACUCCACGAGUCGAUCGAGGAGUUGCUGGACGCGUGCGCGACGAGCGUUGGUGGAUCCUCGGGCGUUCCGCGCGAGCUCGUCGACUCGGCGACGUCGAUAAGCGGCUCAAGAGCUUCGGUGCAGUCUAAAGGACCAGCUGACUGCACGGAAGAAGGUGAACGCGACACGGAGGAGAACGGGCCCGAGGAGGCGGAAAACGCCGCCGUCGUUAACGGCGGUUUAGCAGACGUCGACUCCCUCCAGCUGUGGACACAGGUUAUCAAAAACUUUAAGGCGGCACAGCGGUUUAAAGAGGAAUUGGCCGCUCUAGACCCCGCCGACUUAUCUGCUCGCGCCGAGAAGAAGAGAAUGCACGGUGUGAGCAUGGCCCAGGCCAUCGAAGACCUGGAGAAGCUGUCGAAUGAGAAGAUGCGAAAACGUUUGGAAGAGUGGGCGCGGUCGGAGACUGACGACAGAGCGCCCUUGAAGAUCACGCACGAGACCACGUUCUUGUCUGCUCGAACGCCGAACUUUUGGGCGUCCUGCUUCGUUCGGCUGUUUCCUCGGGGAGACUGUCAGGAAACUUGCCCAGAACGUAAAGCGGCGGAUCGUACCGUAUCGUUCUUGUCUUCCAAUAAGUGGAUCCAGUGCUUACUUAAACGAGCAGAUUGUGAUUACUGGCGGAAGGACCUGGAGUUCGUCGCAUCCGUGGUGAACAUCUUUAUGCGUCGAGAUCAGAUGAGCAAGGUGGAAGCGUGCAUGAGGGAGACGCCCGGCGGCGGCUUCAUGGGCAUAACUCCCGAUGAGAUGCAAAGGGUGAACGAGAUCACAGCGGAAGGUUUGGUUGCCGCCGCGAUCGCGAUGGGAGGUGAUGCGAAGGGCAUGAGCGAUCUUCUGAGGAAUAAAAAGUUGACCCAACCAGUCCGCACAGCCGCUGAAAAAAUGCAGGCCGUGUCCCGGAAAGUGCGUGGAUCUGCCGAAGAGCGGGACUCGUACAGGUGGAAUUUCCGAGCUCUUCAGAUAAACUCGGGCUGCUCGACUUUGUUCUUUACGCUGAAUCCCCGCGACAUUCGCAGUCCGCUGACGGUGCUACUGGUGCAGGACGGCACAGAGAUGCAGAGGCGAUUCUCCCUGAACAUGAGCGACAAGGAGGCGGAGGACUGGAUGAAAGAAUUUCAAGCAGAGCACCCUCGUCUUCUCCACCGUCGCGUGGCGCAAGACCCUUACUAUGCCCAACGUGUUUUCCACUCGACCGUCAAAGACGUGAUGCGCUAUAUAUUCAACUGCGCUGAUGGACCCUCGAACCUGCCUCCGGAUGGCAUCGCGGCGAGCGAGGUGCCGGGUGUAUUCGGGUACGUGCGCUCCUAUCUCGGAGUUGUUGAGGAACAGAUGCGGAAGGCGCUGCACAUACAUAUGCUCGUGCAGAUUCUUGGCUUCUCGCAUCCCGACGAUAUCUUCAAGAAGAACUUUUUUCUCGACGAAUUUAAGCGUCUCUACUACUAUCACGCUUCAGUCAUGUUCCGCAGCCAGGAAGCCGUAGCGCAUCAUUUCGCCGUUCCCAAGGCGAUGAGAACCACCGCCGGGCUGCCGUUGUUCCCGGUGACUCUGAAGCAGCGGAGCAUGAUCGGCAGCGCUCGCGUUGAGGAGAGCAACCUCGCGCAGACCGUGGCGCGCGGACUCGACGUGCCGCCUGCUCUAUCCAGGAGUGUGCCUGAGUAUCCCUUCUUCGUGGGUUCGUAUCACGGCGACGAGAACGUGUCCGGUAGCGACUGGGGCAGCCGCGCUGUUGUCGAGAUUUUUUCAAGGAGUCGCAAGACGGGCAACCACGUGUGCAGACCGUCCGUAUGUCACAAGGGGCGUCUCGGAAAGCGUGGUUUUUGCCGCAUGUUCUAUUGGCAUCUCGUGAAGGUGGAGGACCCGAAGACGGGGCGCCUCGUCGCCAAACGACAGCAUGGCUUGCAGCUGCAUCCUCGAUGGGAUGGCGUUGGGCCUCCGCCGGUUCUAGGGUAUCCACACGUUGGGUUGCCGGCUCUGGAGACGACGCACCAGUGGCACUUCAAGCUUUCCUACCCGAUCAUUCUCGGCCCGCAGUGCAAUCACGACAUCCAAGUGCUCCCGCGGUUAUGCGCUCUGAAGAGCAGCAGCCCAGACGCCGUGCCCGAUGAGGCAGAGGUUGCCACCGCCAGAGCGGGAAUGAUAGAGCAGCAGGCGGCGAAUGAGUUUUACUGUUCGUCAUGCUCUAGCAAGUCCGCGCCGCACGCGGAGGGACUCGUGCUGACUCUUGCAGUCUCGCUCCAUCAGAAAGAGCAAGACGCGAAGGAGGCUGCUGGCCGCGGCGACGAGCCUGAGAGCGUGCACGAGAAGGCGAAGCGGAUUCUCCACAGGCUGUUGUCGGCGGCGAACAACAGGAUGCACAAAGGGUUUCCAGAGAUGCUCAGUUACCUGCUUGAGGAGCCGACCCUGUACUCUAGCCACGAGUUCGUUACCGUCUUGACGCCAGGCCUCAACAUGCUAAUCUCGAAAAGGUUGAGCGAGGUCGCAACGGGUGCAGAGACGAGUGGACCCUCCACUGCCGCGCGUCCGUACUCUACGAAACUCUACCGAAGGCCGUUCUUGACGGAGUACGAUUACCUCUACCGCCCCGACGAGCUGGAGGAUUUCCCAUUGUACUUUUUCUUCGCGGCUUGCGAAGCUCGGCAAGCUCGCCCUGACGGACAUCGCCCCGUGAACACUGUGGCGUGGCACGUCGCGGCCGACGGUAAGCGACAGUUCUCUGCAGAAAAGCUAUACAGCCGGGAGCGCGAAAAAGUGCGUCUGCGCGGAGAUCCUUCGGAGCAUCGCCCCCUCGGGCCUGAGCUAUACAAGUACGCGUACUGCGUGACCGUCCGCUUGAGCAUCGCGUGGCGGAUACCUGUUCUUCGCGGAUUUCUCCCUCCGUGCCCGGAGGCAAAGAAAGACGGAGAUGACGAAGCUAAGAGAUUAGAAGACGAGGUUAAGUACGCGGUGUACGUGCAACUGCUCUUUCGACCUUUCCGAGCAGUGGAGGACGUGCUGCGUCGCGCCCCGCCCGCGCCGUGGACGCACAAACCUGCGGAGUGCUACGGCGCAUUUUUGAAUGAGUUCGAGGAUUGGCGCAGCACUCAGGAGUCCAUCGCUUCUCGAGCACGUAGUGAUACGCCACCUCUCAGCAAGGAAUGGUGGGCUUGUCGCGUGUGUGAAUGCCUGAGGAAUUACGACCUCGUCGCAAAGCGCCACGUAUCGGUUGUUGAUCGUGUGCCGACAGGGGGCGCUCUCCGUGGUUAUCCCGACGCUGCUGCCGAUAUCGAUGGCCCCGAUCCGAACAGGGCCGACGACGAGGAGAUGUUGAUGGAGUCCGAUUCGGACGAGAGUCGCGGCGAUGCUGCGAUGGAGGACGAUGCCCCCAGUGAUGCGGCAGUUCCUCGCGCGUCGGGUCGCGAAGCAGAUCCAGUCAGCCAGCUUUGCGGAACCGUGGAGAUUGACUUGAACGAACUGGUCAACUCGGAUACUCUGGCGAAAAGCAGAUCCAACGAGGCAAAAUAUCUCCGUGGCUUUAUCGAAGAGGAAAAGAAGUGCGUUUCGGGGCGCACAGCUGCCGCUGACGGCGACGGUGCGUUCCAAGAGUGCUCGUUGUCAGCACGAAAGUCGCUCAUCGUCUCUGACAUGCAGCAGAAAUUUUUCAAGAUCGUCAACGAGGGCGAGGAUAAGGUCGAGAUGGUCAGGAAAGUCGAGAAGACGAAGUCAGAUGUGCUACAGCAACGCAUCGACGCGGCGAUGGCGAGAAUUCCCGUAGCACAUGAGCGCAAGGUGCCCUUGUUGGCCCGUCAGUCAUCGACGUCUGUUGUAGAGGCUGCGCUGUUCUUGUUGAGCCAAAAGGUUCUCGACAUCCCUGAUGUGGGCGGUAUCAACGUGAAGCAGGCGCGGGCGCUUCUGUGGAAUGCGUUGUGGCUGCAAGACGUGAUGAAUCGGGAAUGGUCCCUGGACGACCCGUCCGGAUCGCAGUGCUCUUCGAGCUCCUCUUUGGCGGACGGCUUUCAGCUCGCUCUCAUGGGCCCUGGCGGCACCGGUAAAACUGCGGUGCUCCGCGUUGCGGAGGCAUUGGUCUCUUAUUUUUUGGGAGCCGAAUCCGUGCGAAAGUGUGCUCCAUCCAACUCGGCGGCCCGGCUCAUCGGCGGCGACACCACACGCGCUGCGUGUAAGCUCCCGUUCGGGAACAUUUCUGUCAGGGACCGGAAAGCCCGUUUGAGCGUUGCUGCGCUGGAGAAGCACAGACAACGCUGGAAGAAAGCUCGCGCGUGCUUCAUUGACGAAGUCUCUAUGGUCUCCAGUGACCAGCUCCAUGCCUCCGAGGUCCGCAUCAGGGAAGCGAAGGAUGACAGGAAACCCUUCGGGGGCCUCGGUAUGAUUCUUUCUGGAGACUUUUUGCAGUUGCCCCCCGUGGAUCCAGGAGACGCGCAGAAGAGUUUAGCGACUCCUCUGAAGGAGACUGGCGCCCUGGACGCGGCCCCUGAGAACCCCGACGCAAAGGAUCAGGACGUGAAGCGAAAGAAGCUCGCCGAUGCCGCUCAGGGGGUUCAGUUGUGGCAACGGGUACGGCAUGUCGUGUGCCUUGACGUGAACAUUCGCGCCCCGGGUAAGCUCAGCAAGUUACUCGCGGAGAUGCGAGACGGCAAGGGUAUCUCUUCCGAGUGUUGGCAGAUGUACCUGGAUCGCAUCAUGGAGCGGAACGACCAGAGACUUUCCGAGGGGAGUUCUCCUUUCAGUAAAUACGACUGGCAGUUCAUUGUUCAUCGCCACAAGAUCCGCGUGCAUCGCUCGCUCGUGAACGCCAAGGCAGCUACGUCUUGUGGGCAUAAGCCGCUAUUCAUCGUACAGGCCAGGGAUGAG